AUGAAUUACACAAACGAGUAUAGGCGGGAAGAGACAGAAGCGACUAAUAAACAAUAUCUUUACAAUAAGACUGUAAAGUCCGCGUACGCAGAUGCGCUGAAGGACAAAAUUAAUAGAGAGCAGACGAUCGGCCUUCCGGCUGUCGAAAAAGGGACAAUAACUAGCGGGGAAACAAAGAACUACAACCUGGAUAAAGAGAACGAUUCCGCAUACGAGAUGUUCAAGAAAAAUCUUGGUGUUCCGAUAGGUCAUCAUGAGGGAGACAAUAAUGACGAUGAUUAUGAUGACGACGAACCGUACAUUGAUGAAGAUGAAGAGGAGACAGACAGGUAUAGUGACGAUGACUACACAGAUGAAGCAGACAAGAGUUUUAUAGAGGAUAGUGAUUCUGAUAGCUACGAUUUGGAAGAAAACUCUGACCUUGAAGAAAGCUGGGGAAGUUCUAGUGAGGACGGGAAGUUGCCGUGGGGAAAGUAUUUUUUUUAUGGAGGUCUCUUCUUUGUUUUCUAUUUCCUUGGAUCUUUUUUUAUAACAGCAGUCAGAAAUAAUGAUGAUGACGGCAAUUUAUCCGGUGCUAUAUCAUCCCCAGGUAAAUCAUUCAUCAAUCUACAGAAACAGGUGAAUCAUUUAUAUAGUGAAUUAAGCAAGCGGGACGAAAAGCAUUCUUCAGAAUUGGAUAAAACUGUAAAAGUCAUCAUUUCCCAGUUCGAGAAAAACAUCAAGAAACUACUGCCUCCAAAUUUGGUCAAUUUUGAGAAUAACAUUAGUUCAUUGACAAAACAGGUUGACACGAUUUCAACUUCUAUGAGUGAGUUGCAGAGGCAAAGAGAUAGGUUUACUGUUGAAAAUGUUACUCAAUGGCAGGAUCAAUUAGUGAAACAAUUAGACACACAUCUUCCCCAAGAGAUACCCGUGGUAAUUAACAAUUCUUCAUCGCUAUUAAUAAUCCCCGAAUUACACAAUUAUUUGUCGGCUUUGAUUUCAGACGUUAUUGAGACUCCAGGGAUUGUGACUACCGGCGGUACUGAAAAUCGCUGGGAGUAUGACUUGAAUCAUUAUGUAAAGGAAAUUCUUUCGGAUGAGUUGCAGUAUAUCGAUAAGGAUUACUUCAUUCAAGAAAUGAACAGAAGAUUACAAUCCAACAAACAAGAAAUUUGGAAAGAGAUCACGAACAGGUUAGAAUCGCAACAGCAGCAGGUCCAGUCGGAUUAUUCAAAUGCACCACAGCAAUAUUCGAGCAUAUUGAUGAAGAGACUAAUACAUCAAAUUUACAAUUCCAAUCAACACCAAUGGGAGGAUGAUUUAGAUUUUGCCACUUAUGUUCAAGGAACGAAAUUAUUGAAUCAUUUAACUUCGCCGACUUGGAAACAAGGGAAUGGGGUUCAGCCGAUAGAAUUACUGACUGACUCUAAACAAAGCUCCUCGACCUACUGGCAAUGCGAAAACGAACCCGAAUGUUCAUGGGCUAUUAGAUUCAAAACACCUCUAUAUCUAACCCAAAUGUCAUACAUACAUGGCCGUUUUACUAACAACUUACAUAUAAUGAACUCAGCACCAAGGAUAAUAUCAUUGUACGUUAAAUUAACAUAUACCAAGGAGAUCAAGGCAUUGCAGGCAUUGGCAAAUCAAUACAGUUUCGGGCAGCCUCACAAGAGAGAUCGAAAUUACAUCAAGAUUUCCAAAUUUGAGUACAGGUUGACGGAUUCUAGAAUACGCCAACAAAUACCUUUACCACCAUGGUUUAUUCAGUUAAAACCUCUCGUACGUUCAAUUGUCUUUCAAGUAGAAGAAAACUACGGGAACAAGAAGUUCACGUCUUUGAGAAAGUUUAUUAUUAACGGUGUAACACCGCAGGAUUUGCAAAUAAUUGAGAACAACGAGUUUCCUGUUUUAUUGGGAGAUAUUCCAGAGUAUGGUGUCGCCCAGAACGCCAACGAAGGCAAAAGGAAGGUUUUGCCGUCAACGCCAUUGUAUGCGUCUCCACCUACCGUCAACACAAGGUUUCAUCCCGCUUCCAAAGUUCCAUCAUUUGGACAAGAUGAACUCGAUCAAUAA